AUGGAAUUCGACUAUUCGAUAGCAAUAAAAGUAUUUAGUAUGAUAUUGAUGUUUUUAAUGAUAAUUUUUAUGGGAAAUAUACCCUUAAGAUCAAUUGCUUUCAAACGAAAUCAAUUAUUAUUAGAAUUAACUUUUUAUCAGUUGGAAUAAUUCAUUUGUUACCUGAGUCAAUGAAAUAAUUUCAUAAUUUCUAUAAGUCUUAAAAAUUUGAAGAAUUUCCAUAUGCCUGUUUAACCACAGUCCUAAGUUUUGCUUUGAUUAUGUAUAUUGAAAAGAUAGCUUUUAUUCAUGACAAUGCUAUUGAUUAAAAUAAUUCUAAUUAAGUUACUGUAAUAUCUCAAAAUGAAGGAUUCGUAGAAUUGCAUUUUUGUGAAACAAACUAGCAACAAUCGAAAAAACCAGAGAUUAAAGUGUUAGAAGAAUUGGGUAUAAAUUCUUUGACUUCUUAUAUAUUAUAGUUUGCAUAGGUAAAAAUAAUAUUUAAUGAGGAAUUCAUGCAUUUUGAAGGUUUAGCAAUUGGGAUAGAAUCAUAAGUACCUCAAUGUUUAGGUAUUUCUUUAGCGAUAAUCUGUCAUAAAUGGGCUGAAGGUUUAAUAUUGAGGUUGUCUUUUAAAAAAGCAAGUAUAAGAUCUUCAACUAUCAUGAUUUUCAUUUAAGAAAUUAUUAAUCCUAUUGGAAUACUUAUAGAAUGGAUCUUAUCAGAUUAAGGAUUUAUUAUAACUGGAAUAUUUUAAUCAAUAUCUGCAGGUACAUUUAUUUAUAUCGCUACAAUGGAAGUAAUUUAAGAAAAAUUCAAUAAGAAAUCAAAUUAAUAUUAAAAAAUGAUAAUGUUUUUAUUUGCAAUAGGGUUUGUUAGUCCAAUUUGGAAGUUAGAAAAAUUAAGUUAUUGA